CCCUAACUUGAAUGACAACUUGGGAAGUGCACUGCUCACAUAACGAAAGGAACAAAUCUUCCGGCGCCGACAAGCCCAGUUGAGAUAUAGAGGAGGUCAUCGACAGGUGCAUGCUCAAGGCUUGGAGAGACGAUGGCGGCUAUAGCCGAGUGUAACAGUGUUUGUAGUUGUGCAAAGGAGAAGGUCGCAGAGCGUGCCCUGCUGCAGCACAGGGCCAGAGAAAUGAUCUUCAAGAUAAAAGAAAUUGCGGACGGUUUGGUCCAUGACAAAGGGGAGGAAUGGGAGGAGGAGGGAGAGGAGGAGGAGGAGGCGGAGGGGGAGGGAGAGGAGGACGAAGAGGAGGAAGGAGAGCCAAUUGACAAAGGGGAUUGUGCAGUAGAAGAUGUAGGUGGAAGAGCUGGUGCUGGUGGUGGUGGUGGUGGUGGUGGUGGUGAUGGUGGUGGUGGUGGAGGAGAAGAUGGUGUGGUGGUGGUGGCAGCGGUGAAGGAGGAGGCAUACUUUCAGCAGCAGUCGUGACAUUGGUAGGAUGCAAGCCAUCAUCCCCUCCAGCCAUCAUCCCGAAUGCACAUUAGCGUCUGCGUAUUCGGUAG